UUGUUCUCAGACACAGUACCUUAGAACUCCAAGAGAAGAACCAGCAAAGAGGCACCUUAGAUCUUCUCCUCAAUCUUCAAAAAUCCAACAGAUAUAGAUUCUUCUUCUCUGAAGAUUGAGCUCUUUUCCUCAUACUUCAAAUUAUCUCUUGCCAUGAAAUUUAUCUCCUUGUUAAAGAACCAGAAUACCUGUAAGAACAGCCAUGAAGAGGUGAAAUUGAGCUCCUUUCUAUGCUCAUCUUGGUGAAUUCUUCUGCCUUCUAACUCACAGCAUCAGAUGUUCAGAAGCUGAUAUUAAGGAAAGGCCAUGGAUUUCAGAGAAAGAAGUGAUUUGCAGCUCCUGAGAGUCUCUAAAGGAGCUCAAGAGCUCAAAAAUAUGAUUGAUAAUUGGUCCAAAUCUUCGAAUUCCAACGGGCAACAAAAUGACAUUUUCAAUGAUCUUCUAGUAGGAACAGUGGAGCUCCAGGAAUCACUAUUAAUGCUUUCAAGGCUUCAGAUCGAAUCAAGCAAAAUGCUAAUGAACAAAACAAGGCAAAGUGAAAGAGAAGAAUUUGCAGAACAAAACUCCAUUGAUUUAAGCAGAUAUAACAGAUUGCACGAACGUAGACUCUCUGCUGACAGUUCUUUGACGAAUUACAAGCAAGAAAUGAAGCAAGAGUUCAGCGAUAAGUUUAACAAAUUUGAUAAUAAAAACGUUACUUCGAACAAAAAUUCGGUUCUGCCAAAAAAAGUUGAAUUUUCUGCCCAGGGAAAGAAGUUGAAAGCUCCAAAUUUGAUUGCCAGGCUCAUGGGUUUAGAAGAUUUUCCUUCAGAUGAUCAAAUUGAAGUCAAGAAAAAGGAGAAGGUGCUUAAGAGAAGUCAAAGUCAUGUGGUAAAUAACAAAAGUUUGGAUGAGAUUAUUGAAACCAUGAGAUCUACAGGUUUUCUGAAGAGAGAACAAUUUAUGAGUAAGAAAUAUGGAGCAAGUCAUAGUAAGAAAGACGGCAUCCCGCCGAUUGUGAUUAUGAAAUCUCUGAACUUGCCUUAUAGGGGGAGAGAAGAUAUAAAUCUAAUUUCAGAAACAUCUGAUUCAAUCUUAGAAGACAAAGUUUCUGAUAUUGACUGUGACUUUUCGGAAAAUUUGGAACAAAAUGAAGUGAUGAGCUUUGAAAAAGAGAAAGUGGAAGCACCACAAAGGCUUACAACAGCUUCUGUUUUCAAGGGAAGGAAAAUGAAUGAUGAUUUACAGAAUAUGGAAAUUAAUGGAAAGAAACAGGUGGAGAAGAAGAAGUUGAAAGCCAUAAGAGAACCAAUGAAGAUGACUCCUACAGAAAAAAUGAAGGCUGAAAAAUUACAGGCCUCAGAAAGGCUCACUUCUCAGACAAAUAGAAGUCAUGAACAAGAUAGAAAGAAUAAAUUUUCAGUGAAGUCGACAUCAUUCAAUUCCAUUAGUUCUGUGGAGGAGGAGAAGAUUUCAGCAGGAAGACCAAAUAGAAAAUCAAAUAAGACUGAAGACAAAAAGACUAAAUAUGGAAAGUUAAAUUACGCUUUAACUGAAAGCCCUGCAAUUUCAAGAAGCAAGAGCCUUUUGGCUGCUGAUAGCCUCCUUAAACAAGCACAAGGAUCCCACAAAGCCUUCUAAGAGAGGUAACCUAUAAGGUCCUAGCUCUUUAUUUGGGCUCACUGACAUCAAAUCUGACUCGAACCCAGCCCAAAAUAGAUUUAAGUUCCUAGCAAUAUGCAAUCUCAAGUCAAAAUAACAGCUCUAUAUGCAGGAGCUGAGUAGUCUGAGUAGAAAUUACUCAGUUCUCUGACACUUGGCAAAUUAAUACUAUUAUUUGAUCACAGAUGAGAUCAGAAAAGGCCGCAAGGUAAUAUGUGAAGUGAUGCCAAGGAACUACCAAGCUGGAAGAAGUGUAGAAAUGAUUGAAGAAUCUAUCAGGAAAUCUUACUACAAACACCCUACAAAGAAUGCAGCUGAAAUCAGACACCUCCUUAAACCUCUUUUAUUAAAGAGCCAAUCUUCCUCCAACCAUAUGCAUUACCUCUUUGGCACCAAUGUUAUAAAACUGACCGGAGCUGAGCUGUUUUAUUCUAUUAACUUCAGGCUAGAUUAAUUCUGUAUGGUAGCUUAUAUGGUUGUAUAGGAGUAGUGCUUUCUUAUGUUGGGUGUAGCCUAUUAUGUUGAUACCUUUGUCUAUAAAUAUGUAGCUAAUGCUUGUAAUAGGGAGAUUUUGGAGAUUAAUAAAAUGAAGGCUUU